UGCUGUCAGCGGCUGGAGAUGGCAGCGGCGGCCUCGGCCGCGGUCCCCGGGGGCGGCUGAGGAGGAGGAGGAGGAGGAGGAGGAGGAGGAGGAGGAGGAGGAGGAGGAGGAGGAGGGGGAGCGGCUCCCGGGGCCUCGGGGGCUCCUCGGGGUCCCCCCCACCCCCACCACCCUUCACCCCCCGAGCGGGACGCGAACCCCGGGCGGGGCGUCUCGGCGACGCAGUGCGGCCCAUGGCGGCGAGAUCGGGGCAGGCCGAGCUGUGACCCGCCCGCCCGUCCUCCCGGCCGCCAUGGCGAGCCCCACCCUGAGCCCCGACUCCUCCUCCCAGGAGGCCCUGUCGGCGCCCACGUGCUCCCCGACCUCCGACUCCGAGAACCUCAGCCCCGACGAGCUGGAGCUGCUGGCCAAGCUGGAGGAGCAGAACCGGCUCCUGGAGGCGGACUCCAAGUCCAUGCGCUCCAUGAACGGCUCGCGCCGGAACAGCGGGUCGUCGCUGGUGUCCAGCUCGUCCGCCUCGUCCAACCUGGGCCACCUGGAGGAGGACACGUGGAUCCUGUGGGGCCGCAUCGCCAACGAGUGGGAGGAGUGGCGGAGGCGCAAGGAGAAGCUGCUCAGGGAGCUGAUCCGGAAGGGCAUCCCCCACCACUUCCGGGCCAUCGUGUGGCAGCUGCUGUGCGGGGCCACGGAGCUGCCCGUGAAGAGCCAGUACUCGGAGCUGCUCAAGAUGGCGUCGCCCAGCGAGAAGCUCAUCCGCAGGGACAUCGCCCGCACCUACCCCGAGCACGAGUUCUUCAAGGGCCAGGACAGCCUGGGCCAGGAGGUGCUCUUCAACGUCAUGAAGGCGUACUCCCUGGUGGACCGCGAGGUGGGCUACUGCCAGGGCAGCGCCUUCAUCGUGGGCCUCCUCCUCAUGCAGAUGCCGGAGGAGGAGGCCUUCUGCGUGUUCGUGCGCCUCAUGCAGGAGUACCGGCUGCGGGAGCUCUUCAAGCCCAGCAUGGCCGAGCUGGGCCUCUGCAUCUACCAGUUCGAGUACCUGCUGCAGGAGCAGCUUCCGGACCUGAACGCCCACUUCCGCUCGCAGAGCUUCCACACGUCCAUGUACGCCUCGUCCUGGUUCCUCACGCUCUUCCUCACCACCUUCCCGCUGCCCGUGGCCACCCGCGUCUUCGACAUCUUCAUGUACGAGGGCCUGGAGGUGGUCUUCCGGGUGGGCCUGGCGCUGCUGCAGGUCAACCAGACGGAGCUGAUGCAGCUGGACAUGGAGGGCAUGUCCCAGUACUUCCAGAGGGUCAUCCCGCACCAGUUCGACAGCUGCCCCGACAAGCUGGUGCUCAGGGCCUACCAGGUCAAGUACAACCCCAGGAAGAUGAAGAGGCUGGAGAAGGAGUACGCGGCCCUGAAGAGCAAAGAGAUGGAGGAGCAGAUCGAGAUCAAGAGGCUCCGCACGGAGAACCGGCUGCUCAAGCAGCGGAUCGAGACCCUGGAGAAGGAGAGCGCGGCCCUGGCCGAUAGGUUAAUCCAGGGCCAGGUGACGCGCGCGCAGGAGGCGGAGGAGAACUACGCCAUCAAGCGGGAGUUGGCGGUGGUCAGACAGCGCUGCAGCCUCACGGCGGAGGACCUGCAGCGGGCGGAGAGCACCAUCCGCGAGCUGCGGGGGCAGCGGGAGAACCAGCGGCUGACGGAGGACUUCGUGUCCCAGCUGGAGACGGAGCUGGAGCAGUCGCGGCUGCGCGAGGCCGAGACCCUGGGCGCCCUGAGGGCCCUGCAGGACAAGAGGAGCACCUCGCUGCCCGAGGAGGACAACGUGGCGCUGCUGCAGGAGGAGCUCAAGGCGCUGAGGGUGCGCGAGGGCGAGGCCGCGGCCUCCGCGCGGGAGCUGAAGCAGCAGCUGGAGGAGCUGACGGACGCCUGGCAGGCGCACGUGUCCCGCGGCGGCGGGGGGCGGCGGCGGGAGUCCCCCCGGAGGGCGGCGGGCGGCGGCGGCGGGCUGCAGGAGGAGCUGCUGGCGGCGCGGCUGCGCGAGGCCCGGGCGCUGGCGGACGGGCGCGAGUGGCGGCGGCGCGCGGCCGAGCUGGAGGCGCAGGACGGCGUGCGGCGGGGCCUGCUGAGCCGCGCCGAGGCCGAGCGCGCCGCCCUGCAGGAGCGGCUGCACUACCUGGCGGCGCAGAACAAGGGGCUGCAGACGCAGCUCGGCGAGAGCCGCCGCCGCCAGGCCGAGGCCGAGUGCAAGAGCAAGGAGGAGGUGAUGGCCGUGCGCCUGCGCGAGGCGGACAGCAUGGCGGCCGUGGCCGAGCUGCGCCAGCGCGUCGCCGAGCUGGAGAUCCAGCGGGAGGAGGGCCGCAUCCAGGGUCAGCUCAACCACUCAGACUCCACCCAGUACAUCCGCGAGCUCAAGGACCAGAUCGAGGAGCUCAAGGCCGAGCUGCGGCUGCUGAAGCGGCCUCCGCCCUUCGAGGCGGCGCUGGCGCUGGACGGGCUGAGCCUGGCGCGGCAGCUGGAGGAGGACUCGCUGCCGUCGUCGGAGGACGAGGAGGAGCCGCCGGGGGCGGGCGGGGCCGGGGGCGGGGGCGGGGGGGGCCCGAGCCGCUCUUCCCGCUGCCCCCGCGGGACGCGCGCUUCCUCCGCGGCCUGGAGCCGCCCCGGGACAGCGACGGCAGCUCCGACAGCGACGCCGACCCCGCCGGCCGCGCCCUUCGCCCGCGGGGGCCUGGACCACUGAGGCGGGGGGGGGGACCCCAUCCGGGGCCUGGACCACUGAGGCGGGGGGGGACCCCCAUCCGGGCCUGGACCACUGAGGCGGGGAGGGGGACCCCCAUCCGGGGCCUGGACCACUGAGGCCUCCAUCCGGGGCCUGGACCAGAGGCCUCCAUCCGGGGACCCUGCAUCCUGACCUCCAUCCGGGCCUGGACCACUGAGGCCUCCAUCCGGGGACCCUCCAUCCGGGGACCCUCCAUCCGGGGCCUGGACCACUGAGGCCUCCAUCCGGGGCCUGGACCACUGAGGCCUCCAUCCGGGGACCCUCCAUCCGGGGACCCUCCAUCCGGGCCUGGACCACUGAGGCCUCCAUCCUGACCUCCAUCCGGGGACCCUGCAUCCUGACCUCCAUCCGGGCCUCCAUCCGGGCCUGGACCACUGAGGCCGGGGAAGGACCCUGCAUCCUGACCUCCAUCCGGGCAUGGACCACUGAGGCCUCCAUCAAGGGACGCUGCAUCCUGACCUCCAUCC